AUGAACAGCAACAUCAGCAGCCCCUUCAGCCUGGGGAACCCGGAAGAACACACCAUCCUAGAAUUUGCUCAGCUCAUCAGAAAACUCGUUGGCAGUGGGAGUGAAGUUCAGUUUCUUUCUGAAGCCCAGGACGACCCCCAGAGAAGGAAACCAGACAUCAAGAAAGCGAAGCUGGUGCUGGGGUGGGAACGAGUGGUCCUGCUGGAGGAAGGGUUAAACAAAGCCAUCCUCCACUUUCGGAAGCAACUUGAGUACCAUGCAGAUAACGAGCACAUCCCCAAACCAAAGCCGGCAAGGAUGAAAACAGGACGGAUACGCCAUAACUGA